AAGUUUACACGGCUGAGCUUCGUCUUCGUCAGCAGCAUGUUGGGCUUACUAUUUAAUUUACAGCUUCAACUUGAAAGCGGUCAUGCUGCUGUUUCUUCGCUUUUCUUUCUUUGACCGCUGCUCUCCAUUCUUCACCAUCUAUUACCUUCCGUACCCGACUGUCUCUCUGAUAGACCUUGUUUGAAUCAGGAUGGUAUUUUCCAGGGGAUUUUCUCGGAUUUCUUCGAGGAUUCUGAGAAAGAGUAGCUUGUUUGGUUGCCCUUCUUUCAUCCCUCCUCCAGCUCACUUUCUGUCCAAUCAGACUUCGUCUCUCUCCGAUUCUACUCCAAAGGUUUUCGGUUGCAGAGAAACUUACUUGUGGAGUUCUCAUGCUUUCUAUGGUGGUAGGCAUCUAAGCUAUCAUCAGAGCAGCUCCAUAAUUGAGGAAGAGCUUGAUCCAUUCUCACUUGUUGCUGAUGAGCUAUCACUUGUCGCUAAUAGAUUGCGGUCAAUGGUUGUUGCCGAGGUUCCUAAGCUUGCAUCAGCAGCUGAGUACUUCUUCAAAAUGGGAGUAGAGGGAAAAAGAUUUCGUCCCACGGUUUUAUUGCUGAUGGCAACAGCUUUAAAUGUACAUAUACCCAAUCCACCUCCUGUUGGAGAGGGCGAUACUUUGACAACUGAACUACGUACAAGACAACAGAGUAUAGCAGAAAUCACAGAGAUGAUCCAUGUGGCAAGCCUUCUGCAUGAUGAUGUCUUAGAUGAUGCAGAUACAAGACGUGGUAUCGGUUCAUUGAAUUUUGUAAUGGGAAAUAAGUUAGCUGUAUUAGCUGGAGAUUUUCUGCUAUCUCGUGCUUGUGUGGCUCUUGCUUCUCUGAAGAAUACAGAGGUUGUGUCCUUAUUGGCGACAGUUGUAGAGCACCUUGUUACCGGGGAAACCAUGCAGAUGUCUACAACUUCUGAGCAACGUUGUAGUAUGGAGUAUUAUAUGCAAAAGUCAUACUACAAGACUGCAUCACUGAUUUCAAACAGCUGCAAGGCAAUUGCACUUCUUGCUGGGCAAACAGCAGAAGUUGCAAUGCUGGCUUUUGAGUACGGCAGGAAUCUGGUUCGUAAAUUUCUAAUGUGAUACUUCGUUGUAGUACUUGCUUGUAUAAUUAAAUGUUGCAAAUUUUUCGAUGGAUCUCCUCUGAGUUUAUGCAUGUUCCAUUAGUCAAAUCUGAUAGAAGAAGGCAUCAUAAGGAAGGACCCUAGGAACUCCCACUUCUUUGAAGCAACUUUGAUUGCUAAUGAGGUCAUGUACUUUUUUAUUAGGGAGGCAAUUACAAACUAAAUUUGGAAAAGGUCUAAUGACCAUCUCUGUUUCGAGAUUUUUAUUGUAUAUGAUGAAAAGGUUUAUCUUUUUAUGCUCAAGGAAAAACAGAAUUUGAAAAAGGAAAGUGAUAUUAA